AUGAAAUCAGAUUUUAUUUGCCAUAGAAAACAUUUAUUUAGAGAUUCUAUAUAUCAAAUAGAAAUCCAAAAUGAUAAGUUAUUGUUACUUAAUGUAAAUAGUGAAUAUUUAUCUUUAAGACUCAAGGUUUCGUAAAAUAUUCUCUUAGUCUAACUUGGUCUGUUGAAAUUAAUUGGAAAAUUUCAAGUACAGAUUAAGCUUUUGGAUUUUAGAUCGACUAAAAAUUUAAAUGGUUCUAUGCAAAACCUAAAAUAAUUGAAACUUUAAGGGCAGCUUUAAAAAAACACAUAACUUCUAAAGAUUUUCAAAUAUUUUAUAAUAUAGGUUCACAUAUAUCUAAAGGACAAAAUAGUUAUUGUUAUGAAUUUUUUAAAAAUAAUGAUGAUAAAUUGAAUUAUGUUGUCAAACUAAUAAAAAGAGAAUAAAUAGGCGAAAUAAAUUAAUUAUAUAAUGAACUAAAUAUACUUAAAAUAUUAAACCAUCCAGGACUACCCAAAUUUGUAGAGUUAUUUAAUACAAAUAACAGUUAUUAUAUUGUAAUGGAAAAGAUUGAGGGUUAAAAAUUAAGUAAAUUGAAUUCAACAUAAAAACAACAAUUAAGUUUAAUUUAAAUUUAGUUAAUAAUCUUUGAGUGUUUGAAGAUCUUACAAUACUUAUCACAAAUUUAAGUGAUUCAUAGAGAUAUUUAACCAGAUAAUAUAAUCUACGAUUCAAAAGUUUAAACUGAAUCAGUGAAGUUGAUUGACUUUGCAAAAGCUACCAAAGUUGGAACUGAUCUAAAAUUAUUGGGAACUCCUGGAUUUAUAGCACCUGAAAUUUUAUAAGAAAAAAGAUACUCAACAGAAUCUGAUAUGUUUUCUUUAGGUUGUGUAUUUUAUAAAUUGUAAAAUUAUUACAAUAUUUUUAGAUUAGUAAAAUAAGAUCUAUUUUAGGGAAUUAACCAAGAAGAAACCCUUAAAGAAAACAAAAAAUUUUUAUUUAAUCUAAAGAAUCUUUAAUUAAUUCGAAUUCCCUAAAGUGCUUAAAAUUUACUUACUUAAAUGUUGGAAAUAGAUCCCAAAUAGAGAAUAAAAGCUAAGGAAGCAAUAAAUCAUCCAUUUUUUAAAGAAUAAAUGGAUUAUAGUACAUCUCCUAAGAUUAGUACAAGAAAUUUAUCAGUAUCUAAAUCUGUAAGAAAUUUGGAAGGUAUAAUGAUGAGUCCUAAUCAAAAUAAAUUGAAAGCACUUGAUUAAUAAAUUCUAGUUGAUUAUUUUUAGAAUGAACUGCCACCAAUGCACUAAAUUCCAGUUAUGAAAUAAGUUAAGGGAGGUUGUCGUUUUAGUUUCAAUAAUUCAAUCGAUACUAAUACCUAAGCGAAAAGUAAAUAUGAUAAAACAUCAACUUGA